GAGAGAAGCCCAGGGUACCACUAAUUGAGGGAGUGAGGAAGGGAGCAGCUCGCUUCUAACUGGACUGCAGAUUUGUGACAGCCUCCUGAGCUGGUGACAGACCUAUUCUGUGACUUUUCAUUGGAUUCGGAUCUCACAUUCCAGAAAACAUGACCCUCGCCGCCUACAAAGAGAAGAUGAAGGAGCUCCCGCUGGUAUCUCUGUUCUGCUCCUGUUUCCUGACUGAUCCCCUGAAUAAGUCAUCGUAUACAUACGAAGGCUGGUGUGGGAGACAGUGUAGGAGAAAAGAUCAAAGCCAGCGGAAAGACAGUGCUGACUGGAGAGAAAGAAGAGAGCAGGCAGACACAGUGGACCUGAACUGGUGUGUAAUUUCUGAUAUGGAAGUCAUCGAGCUGAACAAAUGCACCUCGGGCCAGUCCUUUGAAGUCAUCCUGAAGCCGCCCUCCUUUGAUGGGGUGCCCGAGUUCAACGCCUCCCUACCCAGACGGCGAGACCCAUCACUGGAAGAGAUACAGAAGAAACUAGAAGCAGCUGAGGAGCGAAGGAAGUACCAGGAAGCUGAGCUCCUGAAGCACCUGGCGGAAAAGCGGGAACAUGAGCGCGAGGUAAUCCAAAAAGCCAUUGAGGAAAACAACAACUUCAUCAAGAUGGCUAAGGAAAAACUGGCCCAGAAGAUGGAAUCCAAUAAGGAGAACCGGGAAGCUCACCUUGCCGCCAUGUUGGAACGGCUGCAAGAGAAGGAGCCGCCUGCUGCGCGGUGACUCCAGGGACCCGAUCGGUGGCCUCGUCCCAUGGACAAACAUGCUGAAGAGGUGCGGAAAAACAAGGAGCUGAAGGAAGAGGCCUCCAGGUAAAGCCCAGAGGCCAAAGAAGUUUCCAGAACAGCCGGACAGCUCCAGCGGCUCUGCAGUUCCCGAGGCAGCCUCGCCAGCCGUGGGCUGCUCUCCCAGCACUGGGGUUUGGGGGGGAGGGGGGUGGCCAGGGGUGUUUCCUCUGCUUUUGGUGUUUGUACAUGUAAAGAAUUGACCGGUGAAGCCAUCCUAUUUGUUUCUGGGGAACAAUGAUGGGGUGGGAAAGGGGAGAAGAGAGAGAUGGGGAGAGGGAGAUGGAGAAAGACUCAUGGACAUUGCAGCCCUGCCCACCGCAGACUCAGGUCAAGUCCUCGCCUUUUCUUUACCAUCAGCGUCCAGGCACCAUGUUGAAAGAAGUUGAAAAUAUAGCAGUAGAA